AUGGAUGUCUCAGCUGCCAUAACAGAGCCUCCAACACCAUUCUGGAGUUCCACGGAUACGGCAACCGGCUCAGAAAAUACAGAUUCCUCUCCAAGCUCACUCAUCGUUGUUGAUCCAUCAAAAGCCUCACAACAUAUUACGCUUGAACAUGGCGAUUUUUCCUACCGAUGGAAUGUUCCUAAACCUCAUUAUAGCUACGUAUUGCGUUCAAAAGAACAGUUUCUGGCAACAAUAAGCGCAGGUGAUGAAGAAGAAACGUCCUUCUCAUCAAAUGUUGAGUUGGUGUCCAGAUUCUUGCUCCAUCUGAUAGAGCAGGAUGAGCUUGACGGCUGUAAAACGUCCAUGAAAGCUCGAGAGGAAUGCAUCGAAGCUCUCUUGUGGAGACUGGAAACAGAUUUCCUCCGAGGUGCCGAUAUUCACACAUUAGCAUGUCAGCUGCCAGGAAAUGCUAAGCAGCGACAAGUUGUCAUUCAAGCAUACACGGCCGCCAUGGUUUGCACAAAACGCGAGGAUAAUCGAGCAGAGCUAGAAACAGCCCUGUUCCCCUCCUCCACCGAGAAAACCACAAGGACAUAUGCCAUUUUCGGCGGCCAAGGCAACACCCUAGAUUAUUUUGGGGAGUUGCGGACUGUGUACAAAACAUAUAGACCCCUUAUUGAGAGGUUUCUAAUCGUGGCUGAGCAAACCUUUCAAGACAUACUAGCAAACGCUUCCGCUGCUCGAACAAGACAAUACUGUCGAGGCAUGGCCAUCCUACAAUGGCUUCGUGAGCCACAAUCGACGCCGGAUCAAGAUUAUCUUCUCUCCGCUCCCGUCAGUUGCCCGUUGAUUGGCCUCCUCCAGCUUGUGAACUUUGCCGUCAUAUGUCGCUGCCUCAGAGAAUCGCCUGGAGAUAUUCUAAGUCAUUUGUCUGGUAUGACUGGGCAUAGCCAAGGCGUCGCAGUAGCGGCAGUUCUUGCAACAGUGACGACUUGGGACAGCUUCGAUGCUGCUCUCGUCAAAGCCCUCACCAUACUGUUUCAUGUUGGGUCUGCUGCCCAAGGGGCAACUUCUCAAGUCACUAUAUCUUCAAAUAUCUCGGCAGAAACCGUAAAGAAUGGCAUGGGACUCCCCUCGCCUAUGCUAAAUGUCGUUGGAUGCCGUCUGGAGCAGCUUGAAACCUACAUCAACGACCUGAACAUUCGCCUGGAGCCCCAUCAGCGCGUUUUCAUAGGCCUCAAAAAUGGUCUUUUAAAUUUUGUCGUCUCGGGGCCCGUGCUGUCUCUGUAUAGCUUAUCUUGCAUGUUGCGCAAGGUCAAGGCUACUCCUGGCACGGAUCAAUCCAAGAUUAGGUUCUCCGCCCGAAAGCCCGACUUCUCGUAUCGUUUCUUGCCUGUCUCUGCUCCAUUUCACACAUCACAUCUACAUUGUGCACAAGAAGCAGCCCUCCGAGAACUCGACACACUUCAGCUCGCCACGUCUGAGCUGAAGUUGCCGGUACAUCACAGCAGCAAUGGAAUAGACAUGAGGACUCUCAAGAAGCAAAAUAUUGUCCCUGAUUUAGUUCAAAUGAUUCUUUGCGAGCUGAACGACUGGCCGUUAUCGACCGCCUUCACCAAUGCCACCCACGUUCUCGAUUUCGGCCCAGGUGGCCUUUCGGGCGUAGGAAUGAUGCUGCACCGCAACCAAGAAGGGACAGGUGUAAGGGUCAUUAUGGCAGGCCUAGCCGAGGGUAAAUCCAUCGAAUGUGGUUAUCGAUCAGAGAUAUUUGCCAAAAAGGUCACUUUCAGUGAGAACUGGAACCGAGUCUAUUCGCCAAGCCUCAUCCAACCGACAACGACCGAUAUGCACAUCGAGAAUCGAAUGACUCGACUUUUGGGACUGCCCCCUGUAAUGGUAGCCGGAAUGACACCGACCACUUCAUCUUGGGAGUUUGUUAGCGCUGUCAUGAACUCGGGAUACCAUGUCGAACUGGCCGCAGGCGGCUUUCACAACGCCGAGCAAUUGAUAACCGCUAUUAACAGUCUUAUCCAUUCUAUCCCAGCUGGCCGAGGAAUAUGCGUCAACAUUAUUUACGCAAGCCCCAAGCAAGUCCGGUGGCAGAUUCCCCUGUUGCAGAGACUACGAUCCGAAGGUUUCCCUAUCGACGGACUCACUUUUGGUGCCGGCGUUCCGUCUGUUGAAGUGGCAAGGGAAUACAUGGCAAUGGGUUUUCGGUAUUUGUCUUUCAAACCAGGCUCAGCAUUUGAUAUUGAUCAAGUCAUUGCCAUUGCCCGGCUCGACGAGACCUACCCUAUACUGAUGCAAUGGACAGGCGGUCGAGGAGGGGGCCACCAUUCCUUUGAAGAUUUCCACGAUCCUAUUCUGAAGCUAUACGGACGAAUUAGGCGAUGCUCUAAUAUCAUCCUACUAGCUGGGAGCGGGUUUGGAGGAGCUGCGGACACUUAUCCAUAUCUCUCAGGCACUUGGUCGACGUCGUUUGGCCGCCCUCCGAUGCCAUUUGAUGGCAUACUUCUCGGAAGCCGCAUGAUGGUUGCUAAAGAGGCCAAGACUAGUCAAGGCUGCAAAGAAGCCAUUGUCGCGGCCCCUGGUGUGAAGGAUGAAUCGUCCUGGGAACAGAGCUACAACCAGCCAACAGGAGGCAUAGUCACUGUCAAGAGUGAGAUGGGCCAACCAAUUCACAAAAUAGCAACCAGAGGUGUCCUAUUCUGGAAAGAAAUGGACGAGAAAAUCUUCAGCAUUGCUGACAAGUCCAAGAGACGCGAAAAACUCCAAGAGAUGAGGUCAUAUAUUAUUCAGAAGCUGAAUAAUGACUUUCAAAAAGUUUGGUUCGGGCGUGACGACAUGGGAAAUUGUAUAGACCUGGAGGAUAUGACCUAUGCGGAAGUCCUUCGACGGCUGGUGCAGCUGCUCUACGUGGCCAAAGAGUCGCGCUGGAUCGAUAUGAGCUUCAUGAGGUUGACGGCAGACUUCACAAGGCGCAUGUACAGCCGGCUACUGCCAUCUAGUCCCAGUAUCGAAACGUAUUUCGGCCUACGAGACCCGCAAAAGGCAGUGCCAAAUAUCAUCUCCCAAUGCCCGACGGCGGCAACACAGGUCAUCAGUUACAGCGAUGCGCGGUAUCUUGUCCUGCUGUGCAAACUCCCGGGUCAGAAGCCUCCGCCCUUUUUGCUCGACAUGGAUGACGACUUUGAAGUGUGGUUCAAGAAGGACUCACUGUGGCAGUCGGAGGACUUGGCUGCCGUUGUGGGCGAGGAUGCUGGCCGAACAUGCAUCUUGCAAGGACCAGUAGCAGCCAAGUACUCAACACGCGUCGACGAACCUGUCGGUGAAAUCUUGGACUCAAUCAACCGCGGCCUAAUUUCGAAUAUCAUGAAGGACCGCUAUAGUGACAACGUGGCGUGCGUUCCCCAGUCACAGGCGAGUUCGACCGUGCCGUGGACUGCUCCAUUCACACCUCGCCAUUGCUUCGUUCAAUAUGAAGGCAAGAAGACUCGCUAUCAUCUUGCAAAGUCAAUCGAGAGCGAGCAGUUGCCUGACACUGAAAAAUGGCUGCAAAUGAUUGCCGGAUGUUCCGGAACUUGGCUACACACAUUCCUCACUUCAAGCGUCGUCUCGCAAGGGUCCAAAAUUGUUGCCAAUCCAAUCCGCAGGGCACUUUCACCAAUCAAGGGUAUGCUUGUAGAAGUCACAGAAACCGGUUCCCCCGAGGAGGCGGCAAUAGCUGUCUUUGACUUGAAGUCAGAAACUUCAUUGUCAUCCUUUUCGAGGCCCUCUUUAGUAAUUCGAAAAGAGAAGGAUAUCCUUGCGACAUUUUAUACCCAUGAGACCGUCGACCGGGCCACUGUCUCUGUGACAUUCAAAUUCACAUAUCAUCCGGAAAUGCCACUGCACCCAAUACAUGAGAUUAUGGAAGGUCGAAACGAGAGACUUCGCUCUCUCUACUACCAGCUAUGGUUUGGCGCCGAUGUGGUUGAUCGCUUUCCAUCCCCGCGUGGCAAGAAGCGACCAUCAAUUUCACACGUUCAACCAUGCGACUCCAUCCCAGAGAAUAGCGAGCCCGAAAUGCCGCAGUCUAUUCAAGCAGGCUUUCCAUUCCAGCUUGAUCGCAUAGAAAGGAACACAUUUUCGGAGCUGAGUGAUGAGUCGCUCGGUGUGGCCUCCUUGGAAAAUUUUAUUUUCAACAAUCGUGGCUUGACUAUUUCUUCUUCUGGGAUACAAGCUUUUCUUAACAAUGUUGGACAUGAGGGACAUAUGACUUCACCGCGUGGAUCGGAUGAGAAAACGGCACCUCUUGAUUUUGCCAUUGUGGUAGCUUGGCAGGCCAUGAUCAAAGCCAUCUUUCCCACCGCCAUUAAUGGAGAUUUUAUGAAGUUGGUUCAUCUUUCGAACGAGUUCAAGAUGCUCGGUGAUGGCGCCCCGUUGAGAAGCCAUGACCGUGUCAGCACCCAUGCGGAGAUUCUGGCAAUCCGCAAUGAACCAGCCGGUCGUGUGGUCGAGGUUGGCGCAAUCAUAGAAAGGGACUCCAUACCAGUCUUAGAGGUGAUAUCCCAAUUUCUUUUCCGAGGCAGCUACACUGAUCUCGGUGUCUGCUUCGAGAAGAAGGUCCAGCCUAAGACGUAUAUCCUUUUGGACACUCCGGCCAAGGUCACCGUGUUGAAGAGUAAGCAGUGGUUUCAAUUAGUCGACUCAGAAAUGGAUUUGUUAGGCGAAACCGUCAUCUUCGAGUUGAAAAGCCUAACCCGCCCCGGCCAAGACUCCAAUUACCUCAAUGUCCAAACAGUCGGGCAAGUCUACCGUCAGCAUGCGGUUACCAAGACGCGCCACGUUAUUGCCAAUGUACACUACCAAUGCGAAAAGACCAUCGGCAACCCAGUCAUCGACUAUCUUCAGCGCCAUGGGUCUUCUGUUGAUGUGGUAAAACAGAAAGAUGCCCCUCAGCCGCUUGGAGAUCAGGAGUCGCUACGCUUCACCUCCCCAGCAACUAAUCACGGUUAUGCCUCUGCGUCUGGAGACUUUAACCCUAUCCAUGUCUCGGAGCCCUUUUCCAAAUAUGCAAACUUACCCGGCACAAUCACACACGGCAUGUUUACAAGCGCGGCUGUCCGACAACUAGUUGACAAGGCGGCUGGCAUUAAUAAGAAUGUUCGCAUGCGGUCGUACAAGUGCAAUUUUGUUGAUAUGGUUCUUCCAGGUACUCAACUAGAAGUAAAAGUCAACCAUACGGCCACUAAGCACGGCCUACGAGUACUCUCGUUUCACGCGACUAAUAUAAUAACCGGGAACAAGGUCCUCAUAGGUGAAGCUGAGGUUGAUCAGCAGCCUUCAGCAUACAUAUUCACUGGACAAGGCAGCCAGACACCUGGAAUGGGCAUGGAUCUAUACACCACAUCGGAGGUCGCCAAAGAAGUCUGGGACUCCGCGGACAGGUUCUUCUUCGAAACUUAUGGUUUUAUGAUUAGCGAUAUCGUGAAACGUAACCCAAAGCGGUUGACCAUUCACUUUGGCGGCCGGCGCGGGCGGAAGAUUCGACAGAACUACAUGGACAUGACAACAGAUUGCAACGGCCAGCCGCGGCCAGUAUUCAAAUCCAUCACUGCAACCACAACGAAAUACACCUUUCAACACAGCGCUGGGCUACUUUACAGCACCGAAUUCGCUCAGCCGGCUCUCACCAUCUUGGGAAAUGCGCAGUUUCUCCACCUCAAAUCCCAUGGCCUCGUCGACCCCAAUGCCCUCUUUGCCGGCCAUUCUCUUGGAGAGUACACAGCGCUCAGCGCGAUUGGUGCCAUUAUGCCUUUUGAGCAGAUUCUCUCCGUCGUCUUCUAUCGCGGCCUGGUGAUGCAGUCCAGCGUCACUCGCGACGCCAACGGAUGCUCCCACUUCUCGUUAAUGGCCAUUAACCCGUCGCGCAUCAGAAAAGGUUUGACCACGGAGACUCUACAGACCCUGGUUUCUGCCAUCGCUGCUGCUACCGGUAAUCUGCUAGAAUUGGUCAACUUUAAUGUAGCAGGGCAGCAGUAUGUGGCUGCCGGGACACUCCCAGCGCUCGAUUGCCUGACAUAUGUGGCGAAUUACAUGACUACACAUCCAACCGAGUUGGAGCCCUCUCACUUGGCCAAGGGCACCAAGCUCCCAGCCGUGAUAGAAAUGUGGGCGGAACAGGCUUCCAAGAAGCCAGAGCCUACGCAGUUGAAGCGCGGUCUCGCCACUAUCCCUCUGGACGGCAUUGACGUGCCUUUCCACAGCUCGUUUCUGAGAUCAGAGAUUGAUGCGUUUCGGAGUGUGCUGCAUAGUUAUAUCAAGCCAGAUGCUAUCGAUGCUCGACGACUUGUGGGCAAGUAUAUAAGUAAUGUGACUGGGAAACCAUUUGACAUUUCCUACCGUGCAGUACGGGAGGUGUACGAGCAGACAGGUAGUGAGAUAUUGAGGAGUUUAUUAACUAGAUUAUGCACACUGCAAUAUGAAGGAUAA